AUGAUAUUGGGUGGAUUUGAUGAACAUCUCCAUCCUUUCCUUCCAAUAUGGGUAGUCUUUUCCAUUAAAGGUUGGUGGCCUUGUGAGAGAAGUUCCUUCAGGCGUAAUGGAGAACGUAGGAGAAAGUCUGUUCGUGGGUGCAUUGUCAGCCCAGAUCUCUCUGUUCUGAACCUUGUAAUUGUGAAGAAGGGUGAGAAUGAUUUACCAGGACUGACUGAUGUUGAGAAGCCAAGGAUGAGAGGUCCUAAGAGAGCAUCCAAAAUUCGUAAAUUGUUCAACCUGUCUAAGGAGGAUGAUGUGAGGAAUAUUCUGCAGUUCAACAUUGCGAACCCCACCACUGGGUGCCAGAAGAAGCUCGAGAUCGAUGACGAUCAGAAAUUACGAGCAUUUUGGGACAAGAGGAUCUCACAGGAGGUUAGUGGAGAUGCACUUGGUGAGGAAUUUAAAGGCUAUCUUUUCAAAAUCACUGGAGGUUGUGACAAGCAAGGAUUCCCGAUGAAGCAGGGAGUGCUGACCCCUGGUCGUGUUCGACUGUUGCUUCACAGGGGAACUCCUUGUUUCCGUGGAUAUGGAAGGCGUAAUGGAGAACGUAGGAGAAAGUCUGUUCGUGGGGGCAUUGUCAGCCCCGGUCUCUCC